AUCCACACACACACACAUCUCUCUCUAUAUAACCCUAAGUGUUUGGAGAUAGCAUCACUAGAGAACACACACACAAAGCAUCAAUAUUUGUCUGAACGGAGAAUGAGUCCUGUGGCUUCAACGAGGUGGUGUCCGACGCCGGAGCAACUGAUGAUCUUGGAAGAGAUGUACCGGAGUGGUAUACGGACUCCGAAUGCGGUGCAGAUACAACAGAUCACAGCUCACUUGGCGUUCUAUGGAAGAAUCGAGGGCAAAAACGUCUUUUACUGGUUCCAGAACCAUAAGGCUAGAGAUAGACAGAAGCUGAGGAAGAAACUAGCCAAGCAACUUCACCAGCAACAACAUCAACUUCAACUCCAACUUCAGCAGAUCAAACCAAAACCAAUAUCAUCGAUGAUUUCUCAACCAGUUAAUAAGAAUAUCAUCGAUCAUCACAAUCCUUAUCAUCAUCACCAUCAUAAUCAUCAUCAUAAUCAUCAUCGUCCAUAUGAUCAUAUGUCCUUUGAUUGCUGCUCUCAUCCUUCUCCCAUGUGUCUUCCUCAUCAGGGAACUGGAGUAGGAGAAGCUCCAAGCAAAGUGAUGAAUGAAUAUUACUGCACCAAAAGUGGAGCUGAAGAGAUAUUGAUGCAAAAAUCAAUCACGGGUCCAAACUCAUCGUACGGUCGAGAUUGGAUGAUGAUGAUGGAUAUGGGCCCACGACCAUCAUAUCCCUCAUCAUCAUCAUCACCCAUUUCAUGUUGUAACAUGAUGAUGAGCAGUCCAAAGAUACCAUUGAAAACCCUGGAACUUUUCCCAAUCUCAUCUAUCAACUCCAAACAAGACAGUACCAAACUUUAAAGAAAAGACAACAAAUACAAAAGAGAUUCUGCAGGUGUUUCAUUCAUGUAUCACUGUAUGAUGUGUCAAAGGCUAAGAAGAAAACACGUGUACUUGAGGGUAAAGUAAUAGCCGUUGGAUAUAAUUCGUUGAAUAACUACAAAUCUCUCUCUCUCUUCUUUCAUAUGUCUCUAUCUCCGCAGUAGAACUAAUGGGUACUUUUCUUUAAAUUAAUUUUGUUAAAAGUUCUUUUCUUUUUAUAAGAUCUUUGAUGGGGUUUGGGAGUUAUUAUGAGUUGUUAAAAUGGGUGUCUUGGUUUCUGUAAUUGCA